UACUUUGACAUGAAGAAGAACCAGUGUAAAGAAGCAUUAGAUAUCUAUAAGAAAUUUCUAGCCCGCAUGACCAAACUGUCAGAAUUCCUUAAAGUCGCAGAGGCACCCAGCAGUUUGCUGGAGGCACUUGAACAGCACUUGGCAUCCCUUGAAGGUAAAAAGACAAAGGAACUGUCAGCUGCUAGCAGGGCCAGCACAUUGUCCAGUGCAGUAUCGUCUCUAGCUUCCACUGGUUUGUCAUUUUCUAAAAUGGAUGAAAAAGAAAAGCAACAGGCUCUGGAAGAGGAGCAGGCCAGAUUACAAGCACUUAAGGAGCAACGACUAAGAGAAAUUUCUGUGUCAAAUUCUACUUCUACAUCAGCCUCACCUAGCACUUUAUCUGGGAAAAGUGUCAAUAACACAGCUGUUGAUUUGUUCACAACACCUGCACCUACAACAAACAGCAUGCCCAACCUUAGCAGUGAUCUGUUCGACCUGCAGCCAGCAUUCGUGCCGACUGUACAGAGUACACCUGCCAUUGCAACUUCUGUAAAUAGCACAUGGGGAGGGCCCUUCUCUUCAUCUAAUGGUGUUAGCUCACCUCCACACUUGGACAUCUUUGACAUGCAGCCAGUUGAAGAGGUUGUAAAGUCAACACCUCAGUUUAAUGCUUCCACCUUUGCUUCUAAGCCAUCAGUGGGAAAUAUAAGUGGU